AUUCUUCCACCCGCAAAACCUCAACCAGUCUACCUCAAAUUUCGAUUCUGGGAAACAAUCAAACUUCAAUACGCUAGGAGUGACUCAAUUGCUAGUACCUCCCCUACAAUGUCUAGUCCCGUACCAGCCUCAACUCCACCAUGUCCGGACUCCCUGCGGCAUACUUCUUCCAGUCCUGACGCACCCAAUCCUGUUAAGAAGAGAUCACUUUCGGGCGCGGGCAGUGAUCCGACAAGAACAGAAGACGUCAGUCAGCCGGAUAGCGGUAACGGUGAUGUGAACGUCAUGGUUAUCGGUACGGGCGCCGCUGGGCCAGCCAAGAAACGGACAAAGUUGACCGAGUCUGAGAAGGAAGCUAGAGAAAAAGAGAGACUGGAGAGGGAGAACGAGAGGCAUGCUAAGGAAAAAGAAAGGCUUGCUAAAGUUUGUGCUGCGCCAUACUCCACUCCUGAAGGAUGUUGACUGAUACCUGAUCGUUACAGAGAGCCGAACGGGAUGAGAAGAAACGUAUUAAGAAUGAGGAGAGGAGGAAAAGGGAAUAUGAACAAACUAAGAAAGAGAAGGUAGUAGCGGUUUCUCAGAGGGACUUUUUGGGCAUGGGUGCAUAUACUUAUCAAUUUUCUGGAAUAGGCACAAAUGCGUCUCGGGUCGUUUUUUAUCAAACCUACCGUCGGGAAUAAACCUCAAUCGACCCCUUCUUCAACUACCAACACGUCAACCCAAAUAGUUGGUGAUAGCCCGCCUCCCCCGCCUCCACCCGAUGUUGAUCUGAAGAGACGGGAGCGGACGGAUUAUGAACGUAGUUUUCAUCCAUUUUUUGUGAAACCAAAUGUUAUCGUCGCUCCUGUACCGUUCCAGCGUGAUGAUGAUUACAAGCUUGUUAUCAGAAAUGUACUUGAUAACGCUCUCUUCCCCCCUAAAGAUCCGCCGAGUUCUACCGCGGAUUGUGAAUCCGGCUCCGGCCAGUCUACUUCUGGAGGCGCUGGUAAGACACGUACGGGCGAACGGAUGGAAGAGCUAAUGCAUAUUCCUUACCACAAGCGUGUUCCCCGUGGAAAGCCUCCCAAAUACUCUACGAAAGACAUCCUUAUCAGGCUUAAUACACCUGACAGUUCAUCUUUACUACCUCUAGCUGAUCUCGAGGGUAUCAACCCAAACAAGCUCCCUACAAUUUAUCUUGACUUACUCAAUUCCCUCCCUUUUAAGUUCCUACGGUUUGCAGAGGAUGUUCGGCCUCCCUACUCCGGGACCUACACAAGAAAACCCGCCUCGUCCGGUUUGUUGCGCGGCCGCAAUCCCUUUCAAAAGUCACUACCCAAAGUCGAUUACGAAUAUGAUUCUGAAGCCGAGUGGGGGGAGGAUGUUUUGGACUGCGAUGGCGAAGAACUCUUGAGCGACGAAGAGGACGAUGAAGAUUGUGGUAGUGGUGAUGAGGAUCUCGAGGAGUUCCUAGAUGAUGAGGAUGAGGAGGGCGCUGCUAGCAAGAACCGUCGCGGAGUAGUAUCCACCCUUAUUCCCAUCUGUUCGGGUCUGUGCUGGGAGGACCCUAUGGGGAAAAACCCGAGAAAGGAGUUUGGGGAGAUGAGUCUCGGUAUGCUAAUAGGUAUAUAUUUUUGCUCUACAAUUCUUCAAUAUCUAUUUUCCGUAUCUGAUGGUUUAUAUAUAAUCGCAGACGGGGUAUCGGGACCUAUUGAUCCAUUUUCGACAAGUUACUGGAAUCCUGUAGCACCUCCACAGCUGCAAUCCGCGCAGGUAGUUCAUAAUCCGAUUAAGGCCAUGAGCCAGUUCUUCCAAGCAACAGGAAAUAGGAACCCCCAAUCAACAAUGCCGCCUCCCGGGGCGUCCGUUAGUACCGCUCAGGUAGUCACCGGAGAACCCUCGAAGCAGCCCAAGCCCAAGCAGCUAAUACCUGCCGAGGAUAUGGCUGCCUUCAAACGAGCCAUUGAAGGUAGCGACUUGACGAAGGCUGCCAUGAUUGAACAUCUUAAAAAGGUUUUCCCGCAGCUUAAUAAGCAGGCAAUCAAGAACUCGUUGGGCCAGGUUGCCCAAAGGAGAGGCCAGACUGAGAAGGAUAAAAGAUGGUUUUUGUGUUGAUUCAUCUCCCUUGCUCCCCUUACCAUCUUGCUCUUUUCAUACUCGUUUCCCUUUUAUGCUGGUUUGGCGAAUAGAUCGGGUGUUCUUUCUCUAGAGGCUUUUAAUUUCCCUCAUCUUUUUUUUCUAUCUUUAUCUUGUAUUAUCUUUACCAUUGGGGGGGCUGUAUUUGAUAACUAGGGAUCCUCUUAGCAUUGUUCGAGGUUCUUUUUUUUCUUGCACUCUAGGUGGGGCGAAUUAUAUGUGGAGUAUCGUUACGCAAAACUAGUGGUUGAUGAACAUUUCGGUACUACCUUUCUUCCCUUGUAACCUUUCUUCCGACCAUGCAUGUUUUUCUCUCUCUUGUUCCAUUUUGGCUCGAACUGAGGGUGAAUGGUUUGGUAAAGGCGAUACAUGUACAUAUCCGUUCCAGGGAGCGGGUUCUAAAAGGAUUCGUUAUAGGUGCUCUCAUCUAUCGAUUCGUCGAGAAAA